UUAAUAUUAAGUAGAUUAAGGACGCAUAAGACCUGCCCCCCUUCACCGACGCGGCCACAUUCAGCAUCCACCGACUCAUCCACUCACACAGCUUUCAUCCGACGUGCAGCACGCAGCCUCCAGGGUCGGUUCGAGUCAGCCUUCAGUCGAUUUUGCUUUUUUAAUUCUAAAGAAAAGAGAGAAAGAUGUCUUUGAGAGGACCUCUAUUCCGUCUUCUCAGAACUCAACUGAGCCACACGUGCCAGCAGAGCAGGGCUCAGUCUGUCGCUGUUUUGGGCGCUCCGUUUUCAGGAGGACAGAAACGAGGAGGAGUGGAGCACGGUCCCAAAGCCAUCAGAGAUGCGGGUCUCGUGGACAGGCUCUCCGGUUUAGACUACUCCGUCCAUGAUUUCGGAGACCUCACCUUCAACUACCCGGAGAAGGACGAGCCCUACAUGAACGUACAGCUCCCUCGCACUGUGGGUGCAGCCAACAAGAAGCUGUCUGGUGCAGUGAGCAGAGUGGUUGGUGCGGGACACACCCUUGUUAUGCUCGGUGGUGAUCACAGCAUGGCUAUCGGAUCAGUGGGAGGCCACGCCCAGCAGUGUCCUGACCUGUGUCUCAUCUGGGUCGAUGCUCACGCAGAUGUUAACACGCCCAUGUGUUCUCCAUCAGGGAACCUCCACGGACAGCCCGUGGCGUUCAUGCUGAAGGAGCUGCAAGACAAGAUGCCAAACCUCCCAGGGUUCUCCUGGUCAAAGCCCUUCCUCUCCUCGAGGGACCUGGUCUACAUCGGUCUGCGAGAUGUUGACCCCGGAGAGCACCAAAUCCUGAAGAAUCUGGGAAUCCAGUAUUUCACCAUGAGAGACAUCGACAGACUAGGCAUCCAAAGAGUCAUGGAGGUCACACUCGACCAGCUUCUGUCGAGAAAGCAGAGACCGAUCCACCUGAGCUACGACAUCGAUGCGUUCGACCCGUCUCUGGCUCCCGCUACAGGAACUCCAGUGAACGGAGGUCUGACCUACAGAGAGGGGAUCUACAUCACAGAGGAGAUCCACAACACAGGUUUGCUGUCAGUCAUCGACCUGGUGGAGGUGAACCCAACGCUUGGGGCAAACCCUGAAGCUGUGGAAUCCACCGCCUCUCUAGCGGUGGACGUCAUCGCGUCGUCUCUGGGACAGACGAGAGAAGGAGCUCACGUGUCCAUCGAUGAGAUCCCCGCUGUGAAGGACGAGACAGAGAAGCUCCGCCUCUGAGAGCAGGAAGAAAAGCUAUGGACUUUAUCAUCCCUGGGCAUUCCUCAGUUGAAAUCACAACUCUGCAAAGACUGAAUCUAACAGUAGCUGAAGGUUUGAGGUUCUCCUCUUUUUGCUGAUGUAAUAUUUAAUGGAAAAGAAGAAUUAUGUCUGGAUUCAUGAAACUAUAAAAGGGCUUUUCAGGUUUGAAUAGAAACGUUCAUUAACACUACUGAGAGCCUUUGGCAUCAUUUAGAAACAUGGAGUACUAUUAACCACUUCCUUCCUCCUCUGCUGCUGUAUGUAUUAUGUGAUGUGUUAGAUGGCACAGCCACCACAUAUUUAUUUUGGGUUUGUUUUUAAAGAAUACAAACCCGCCUCAGAGGUAUGAGAAACCAGGUGUGACUCGGUUGGAGGUCCUCAGUUUUACGUGGACUCUCCGGCUGUGCCAGUUACUAAAAACAAGCAAUGAUGUGUUUGCACUUUUGGACCAGCUGUAGUUACUGUAUUUACUUUAGACUUUUGUAUUUUCACUUUGAACCUACCCAAACGUGUACUAGAGUUUAUGUGUAGAAGUAUUUACUAACAUCUUCUGUUUGAAUUGGCUUGAAAACUGUUAACACCCAGCUUUGAUUUCAAACACUGGGAUAGAAAACAUUAGCAGUAGCAGUAGCGGUUAGCUCAUCUAAGUUUGAAUUGAUCCGAUGAGGCACUUCAUGACUUUUGUCCGUGUAACAAAGAGUUUAUAUUUUAGUCUUCCCUAAAUGUAAUUGCAUUUUUCAUUGCUGUGUACACCUGUCUUAUUUUCUUCUUUAUUUUUUUCAUGUCAUCGUGAAGUUAAAAAUCAAUGCUGUAUCAGUUAUUCAUGAGAAAGCUGCUAUUACUCAUUAAGCAAUGAAUAAACAAGUGAUUGAUAACCACAGUUA